ACAGGAGCAGUGACAACUCUUCCUCCUCUUUCUCCUCCUCCUCCUGGCGGGAUGGAGGGGUGCUGAUCAGGAGCCGCUUCAUCAUCACCGUCAUUACUGUCAGCUCCGCCAUCACCAUCAUCAUCAUCAGCACCGGGAGCGGAGCGCAGAGAGAGGGAGGCAGCGAGGGCGGAGCAGCCGCUCUCUGUGGGCUUAAAAAGUUGAGGAGGAUCCGGUUUAUUACCGGAGCACCGGAGGGGACUCGGACCGUAUCCUUCCCCCACCCCGCUGACACGGACGCCGUGUCUCUGGAUUCACCGGGAAACCCACCCGCCGUGGUUCUGGAUGGAUUCGUUCUGGAUUCCGGGUCAAUAACGGUCCUGCUUUUUUUUUGUUCAUCACCCAGAACCUGAUGUCCGGUGCUGUGACGGAUAGAUAAAUACUUUGUUCUUAAUUAUGUUCCGGUGUUUUAACGGUUCGGCGGGUUGGUGACUGUUCCCUGGAGGAUUUACGGUGAUCUUAACGGAUCAAUAACGGAUUUUCAGACACGAGUCCGGUCCGGCGGCUUUCCCGAACGACUUUCACCGAGCUGUGCCGGGUCCAACGGAUCCCGGGACGGCUCCUCGGUGACCGGCGUCUGGCCUCCGCUUCCCCCCGGGGACUGAGGAGGGGGCGAACCGUAGGCAGCACAGCAGGUGUCAGGGAGGGAAUGUUCCCGGGACUGGACAGGUCUGCCGACCCGGAGGGGCCGAAGAUUACCGAACGCUUCCGAACGAACCCAACGGCGGGAAAACGGGAGAAGUUCUCCGAGGAUUUUAUUUCUUUAAAAUUAGCUAAUUUUUAUUGAGCAGGUUAGUCUAUUCUAUUGCUCAGUAACGAUCUAAUCAACCUCAAAAUAGCUGCAGGAUAAAUUUUCCAAAUUUUCCCUUUUAUUCUUAGUUCAAAUUGUCUUAUAAUCCUGAAUAUAAAUCCUAUUUCUGGAUUUAAACUCACAACCAAACAGUUGAAUCAGUUUUUAUCAAUAAAUACCUACUAAAAUUUAAUCUGCUAUCAAUAAACCCUAUUCCAAUUUCAAUAAACGUCAAUUCCAGUUAUCGAUACGUUUCAAGUCUCUAAACUUCAGUUCUAAUCCCAUUUUAAUUAACAUCAACCGCUGCUAUCCAACCCUUUCAAUUCUGGUUAUCAGUCGGUUUUAAUCCUAUUCAUCAGUGGGUUUUAAUCCCACUUAUCAAUCAGUUCUAAGACCAUUUCUGUUAGUUUUAAUCCUGAUUAUCAAUCGAUUCUAAUCCCAUUUCAAUCCAUCUGCCACAUGAGGCGGGAGGAGUGAACGGUCUCCUCCUCUGUGAAAUAAACCCACAUGCUGGCUGUAAAUUAUCCACUUAAACCUCUCCAGAGAAGAAACUGUGAGCCAGAGCCUGCAGUGAGGGUUAUUAAGUGCCACAUAUUAGCACUAAAUGCUCUGAUUAUUUCUAAUAAGGGCAGACAAAGCUUAAACUACUCAUCUGGGUAGUUUUAACAUUUUUCCAAUAAACUUGCACUAGAAAUGUAACUUAAAUCCUGAAGUAAUUGAGCAAAUCCUGCAAACAAUAGCUUUUGUCUAAAUUAGAAUGAAUUUAUGACGCAAACUCUGUCAGUAAAUGAGAUUUUGAUCUAAUUUAAAAGUCCUGACUCAAAAGCUCCAUGCUGACCUUAAUGUUCAGGAAGGCGUUUUAAUCUCCAGCUGUGUCAUCGUUUUAAACCCAAGAGGGUCCGAAUGGGCUUUAUUUAUGCUUUACUGCAGGUCUGGAGGAGCUUUAACUCUGAGCAAAUUAACUUUACAGUCACCUGCGGACAAUAAGCCGAAGCCUCAGGUCUCCUGCGUUUAGGGAAGCUUUGGUUGAUGAUCUCUCUUGUUGGACGUGUAAAACUCAGCUGAACUUUUAUCCUUUCUGUUGUUUUGAUGCAACUUCUGCUAAACUAAAAGUCAGGAAAACUGAGUAUUUUCCGGUGGAGGUUUCUAAUUUAGCUUCGGCAGCUGGUUUCCUGUGAGACUCUAUGGAUGGUGUUCUCGCUGGAUAUCCACAUCCUCAACAGCAUACCUCCUCCUCGUCCUCCUCCUCAUCGUCUUUCACCCUCUCAGUGUCCUGCACAGGAGAAAUUGAGCCAUGAGGCAUUGAUUUUCUUCUCGCCGCAAAACCAAAACGCACACGACCAUCUCAUCCAUCCUGGCUUGUCAGGUUUGUUGGCUGAAAUGAAAGAAGGGGUCAGUACUGAAGGACGUUUAUCACCGUCCGACAGUUAGGUCAGAGGUCAUACCAACAAGCAAGCAGCUCAAUCACCUAUCAAAUCAUCUGGAACCAGUCUGAUUGGAGCGUAGAUGAAUGCUUUUCCGUACUGGUUUCCAUAGAAACGUUUAAUGCUCAAUGGGACUCAACGACAGCAGCCCCGGCGCCAUGCGGAACGGCCGCGGCCUCUCCGACCAAUGGGCAGAGUCGGUGGUGGUCCGGCCUCGAACCACAGAGCGCCACAUCACGGUGCACAAGCGUCUGGUUCUGGGCUUCGCCCUGUCCAUCAUCACCCUCAUCAUCGUUACGGCAGUGGCCGUGGCGCUCAGCGUUCGCUUCGAUGAUUGCGGUGGACGGGAUCGCGGUGGAGGCAGAGGGGAGACGGGUUCCAGAGGGUCCGGAGGGUCGGGAAGACUCAACGGGAGCAGAGGGGAGAGGAUGGGAGACAGAGGGGAUGAAGAGGUGGUCCAGCCAUGGAAAAACUCUCGUCUUCCGGGGUCAGUGAGGCCACGGCACUACGACCUGCAGCUCGCCGUCUACAUGGACAACUUCACCUUCUCUGGAGAGGUCAGCAUCGAGCUGGAGUGCGUCAACGCCACCAGGUUCAUCGUGCUGCACGCCGACCGCCUCGAGGUGGACCGGGUUUCCGUGGCAGCAGAGAGCGGCGCCGGCGGCCGGGCCGCCAACAGGCCAGGGGGCGGAGUCAUGCGCGUCCACCGCCACUUCCCCUUCCCGGUCAAUCAGAUGUACGUGGUGGUUCUGCACCGCGAGCUGAAGCCCGGCAGGCUGUACCGGCUCAAUGUCAGCUUUGACGCCGCCAUCGAGGACGAGCUGCUGGGAUUCUUCAGGAGCUCCUACACCCUGCAGCGGGAGAGACGGUACCUGGCAGUGACCCAGUUCAGCCCGAUCCACGCCCGGAAGGCCUUCCCCUGCUUCGACGAGCCCGUCUACAAGGCCACCUUCUCCCUGAGCCUCCGCCACGACUCGCAGUACACGUCUCUGUCCAACAUGCCGGUGGACAGCAGCUGGCCGGACGAGGACGGCUGGGUGACCGACCACUUCGCCCGGACGCCCCGCAUGUCCACCUACUACCUGGCCUGGGCCGUCUGCAACUUCACCUACAGGGAGACGCAGACCAGCGGCGGCGUGGCGAUCCGUCUGUACGCCCGGCCGGACGCCGUCUCCAGCGGCGCGGGCGACUACGCUCUGCACAUCACCAAGAGGCUGCUGGGAUUUUAUGAGGACUACUUCAAAGUGCAGUACUCCCUGCCGAAGCUAGACCUGCUGGCGGUGCCCAAACAUCCCUACGCCGCCAUGGAGAACUGGGGCCUCAGCGUCUUCGUAGAGCAGAAGAUCCUGCUGGACGCCGACGUGUCGUCGUCGUCCUACCAGAUGGAGCUCACCAUGGUGGUCGUCCAUGAGAUCUGCCACCAGUGGUUUGGUGAUCUGGUGACGCCGGUGUGGUGGGAGGACGUCUGGCUAAAGGAAGGCUUCGCUCAUUUCUUCGAGUACGUCGGCACAGAUUUCCUCUUCCCAAAGUGGAACAUGGAGAAGCAGCGAUUCCUGACCGAUGUUCUCCACGAGGUGAUGCUGCUGGACGGACUCAGCUCCUCCCACCCCAUCUCUCAGGAAGUGGAGCAGGCGGCCGACAUCGACCGCGUCUUCGACUGGAUCGCCUACAAGAAGGGGGCGGCGCUGAUCCGGAUGCUGGCGAACGUGAUGGGGCAGCCGCUGUUCCAGAAGGGACUCAACGAUUAUCUCCUGAGUCACAUGUACAGCAACGCCGCCAGAGACGACCUUUGGAGUAAACUAACUCAGGCCAUGCGCUCAGAAGGGCGGGACAUUGACAUCGGAGAGAUGAUGGACAGAUGGACUCUACAAAUGGGCUACCCUGUCGUCACCAUCAGCAAGAACCAAUCAGAGCAGCUCUCCACCCAUUACAUCAAGGUCACCCAGGAGCACUUCCUGUACGGAGAGGAAGUCAGAAACAACCUCAGUUUACUGUGGCAGGUCCCAUUGACCGUCGCCGUGGGAAACGCGUCCACGGUCUGCCUGGAGAGCCUCAUCUGGAUCAACAACAGGACAGAAAACCACAGGAUUGGUCAGAUGGAUGACAGCACCUGGUUGCUGGGAAACAUCAACCAGACCGGCUACUUCCGCGUGAACUAUGACCUCCAGAACUGGAAACUACUCAUUCAGCAACUUCACAACAAUCCUCAGAUCAUUUCUGUUGGAAACAGAGCAGGUCUCAUCGACGACGCCUUCAACCUGGCCAGGGCGGGGUACCUCCCACAGGGCGUUCCCCUGCAGCUGAUUGGCUACCUGCCGGAGGAGACGUCCUUCCUGCCGUGGCACGCCGCCAGCCGGGCACUGUACCAGCUGGACAAACUGUUGGACCGCACAGACGACUACAGGCUGUUCAGCGAUUACGUGCUGAAGCAGGUGGCGUCCCGGUACCAUCAGAUGGGCUGGCCGACAAACGGACCGGGAACAGAGGGAAACAUCCUGCAGGCGUCGUACCAGACUGAAGAGCUGCAGCGGGAGCUCAUCAUGCUGGCCUGCAGCUUCGGGAACAAGCAGUGCCACCGCCAGGCUGUCGCCUACAUCUCCGACUGGAUCUCCAGCAACAAGAACAGGAUUCCUCCCAACAUCCGGGACAUCGUUUACUGCACCGGGGUCAGCCUGAUGGACGAGGACGUGUGGGAGUUUAUCUGGAUGAAGUUUCACUCCACCAGCGCCGUCUCAGAGAAGAAGAUCCUGCUGGAGGCGCUGACCUGCUCCGACAACACCUUCCUCCUCAACAGGUUACUGAACCUGUCUCUGACCUCCGACCUGGUCCCCGAGCAGGACGUGAUCGACGUCAUCAUCCACGUUGGACGAAACCCGCAAGGUCGGAACAUGGCCUGGAAAUACUUCAGAGACAAGUGGGAGAUCCUGAACGCCCGAUACGGAGAAGCUUUGUUCAUGAAUUCAAAACUCAUCGGUGGAGUCACAGAGUUCCUGAACACGGAGAGAGAACUCAAUGAGUUAAAGGAGUUUAUCCAGUCCAGCGGCGUGGGGGCGGGGCCUGCGCUGCCCCGAGCGUUGGAAAUCGUAGAGGGGAACGUCCGUUGGCACCGCCUCCACCGGCGGCACUUCUACCAGUGGCUUCGUAAACCUCCAAGCUCCACCUACGGCUAACGCUCCGCCGGCUCGCUGGAGCGAAGCUAACUGCACUCUGACUGCUAGGCUAAUGCAGUUCUAGCUAACGGACAUACUCAAAACUGGCCUGACUGGUUAAUGGGCUGGUUUCUGAACUGGUUUUGUUUUAAAAGAAGUUUAAUGUGUUCAUCGAUGGUGUUUCUCAACAUGAAGCCCUUGUGGUCAAAUUGUGCUGUAAAAACGUGACAACAGUUGAUCCAGACAUGGGUUAGCUAGCCUCAGAUUUUAUAUCCAUCAACAAAAUAACAACCAACUUCAACCAACAAACUGAAACAACAAAAACUUCGGAAUUUAAAGAAAACCGGGAUGUUUGGCCAACUAUACCCUUAAGCUCUUCGCAUAUGUUUUAUUUCUUUACAUUGAAAAAAAGUAAACUGAUUGCGUACAUUUUGAAUUUAAUUAAACAUAAGCCAUAUAAGUGAUAUAAAGUUUAAAUGGUAAAUCUGUGGGGAGGUGAACUGUUGAAAUCUUUUGUUUUUAGAGGUGAUUAAAAUAAAAAGGUAAAUUUAAAUUGAUAGCAUUAUGGCAGGUGUGCAACAUUGGUUUUGGUUUUUUCCUUUGUGAAAAAUUCAACCCUCUUUAUAUUUAGGAAACGGACACAAAAUAGAUACUAACAAAAAUGUAUUUUACUUUGAGUUUCUUAGUUUUGUUUUUUUAAAUCAAUUAUGAGCCUACAGAAACAAACACAAACGCAUCUACGACAACAUCUUAAAUGUUUUUUAUACGAUACACAAAAACCUUUUCCUGGCUGAAUUUCUUUACAACUCUGUGCAAAAAAUUUUAAAAAUUAUUGAUUUUGUUGUCUGGGAUGCUAAAUUAAGUAAGGGAGUGAUAAUUUGGAUAUAUAAAUGCAAGUUGGUGAAAUUAAACAUAAUUGGGUUUGAUUUUAAAUCACUAGAUGGCAGCAGAGGAUUUCUGCCAGAGGACUGUGUGAAAUAUGCCUCUACAGGCGUUAGUGGGAUAUCUACGCUACGUUAGCCGCAUUAACACCGGGAGUAAUUUGAGGCAAACAAUCUUAAUAUAUGGAAAAAUAAACAAUUCAUUUGCAGAGGAUCUAUCGAUGACACAAGUAAAAACAAAAUACUUUUAACAUUUCAGUUUCCAAAUGUCUUAAUCAGAAAAAUCUAACCGAGUUGCUGUGGAUCUUAGAAAGGUCUGAAGCCUCUCAAAAUUAGCAGCAAGUUUAGAACUUUAACUGACCAAUCAGAACAAAGGAGCUCAUCAGACCACCAGUAUGGGCCAAUCAGAGCAGACGAGCUCAUCAGACCACCAGUAUGGGCCAAUCAGAGCAGACGAGCUCAUCAGACCACCAGUAUGGGCCAAUCAGAGCAGACGGUUCUUAACUUCAAAGUUCUCACUGAGCUAAACAUCUAAAAUCAAGUUUAACCUGAAAACAUUGUGAACAAACAACAUUUUUGUCUUUAGAAUGAGAAACCUUUCUGUGUGAUAGAAAGCCAGAGAUUCAGUUAAAAUCUGACUUUUAUUUGUUUUCUUUAUUUAACCAGCUUUAAUUUGAAGGCAUGUCGAUCGCUGCUGUGAUUAACACGGUUUGAACCAGGCCUCCUCUGUUCAGAAAACUCAUUCAGACUCAUUACCGCUUCGCAGCAUUCACACUGACGCAGCUUGAAGUCAAAGAGCAAAAACUUCAACAGUUUGAAGUUUUCGUUGCUUCAGAACGAGAAACGAAACAACAAAAAAAUAAUAAAGAUGACAACAGCUUGAACACUUCGAGCCCCACGUGUGCAGGAAUAAUUGUUCUCUGAUGAGCGACGAUGUUCUGGUCGGUCUUUUGUUUUAAUGAGCUGCAGAAUGUUUGAAGAUUUCAAAGAGAAAACAAAAAUGGCUGCAACAUGAAAGACACAAUGCUGUCAGGCAUUUAGUUCUGGCAGGUUGGAAAAUAACAGGUUUGACAAACAUUUGAAGUCUAAAUGUCUGACAGCAUUUUACGACAAAGCUAUUAAUUAUACAUGAAAGUCUCAAUUUUCACCCGUUUUUCUAUUUAAGGCCGAGAUCAAUAUUUCAUUUAUAAAUUCAGACAUGUUUAGUUAGAGGUGAAAAUCCCUCAUUAUGAAGAUCUUCCAACAUCUGACUUUAAUCUGGUCCCGUUUCAUUUCCUAGUGAAACCCCAAGAAUAAAACCCUUAUUUCUAAUAGUAAUAAUUCACUGAUGAUCAAAUACAUAUUUAGUGCAUUUUUGAAUCUCUAACAUCUUUACCAACUCAUGUUGUUUUUCUGGCCUAAAAUGGAGGAUAAAAUCUGCUGACUCAGCUGAUCCAGGUUAAAACUUUGGUUGUUUUUUAUGGAGAUGAUGUUGCUUUUUACAGCAGAUUUCUUAUGUUGACGACGGACCAGAUUGGACAUGAUUAUGGACAACUGUUUGGACUGUUUGGACUGUUUGGACUUUGAGACCACGCCCUGAUGGACCUCAGAGUUCGGCUUUCCCGGUUUGUCGGACGGCUCUGUGGACUUUGGACAUAUCUGGUUGUCUUCAGCGCGGUGGAGUCUUUGGACGCAUUUUUGGAACAAAUCACGAACUUUACUUGGAUUGUACCGUUUAUUUUGCUCUGGAGAAACUAAACUUUCCGACGGAUCUUGACAGAACAUUUUCAGAACCUCGGACCGGAGAAACUUUUCGGAGUUGUUCCUCUGCUGUUUGAUCCAGCUUUGAUGUUCAUAACUGAGCCAUAUAUGAAUGAACGGGCCUGCCUCCUUCUGUACAUCGUGUCCAGUGAUGUGUGAGCGUGAUGAAGAUGAUGAUGAUGAUAAUGGGAACGGCAGAAUGAGGGCGGCUAAUUAUGAUUCUGGUCAUUAGAAGCUCUAAUUGGAUCAGGAGGAAAGGCAGAGCGAAUGACGGCGGCUGAGAUAAUUGUUGACGACGUGACAAAAGCUAAUUACUGUGUGCAUUAUCAGCCGUUAACGUCCAGUCAGGGAAAUCGGGUUUACAGGCAUUAAAAGCACACCAUAUGUACAGUAAACAUUGUAAAAUAUACAAAUGUGAUAUUUAAAGAGAAAGUGCAAUCUGAAACUGUUUGUGUUGGUGAAAAUGGUGUUUAUGAUGACUGAAGGCGCACGAUCAAAAUCUGAAAGAAACAGGAAGUUGCAGGCAACAUUUUAGCCCUACUUCCUGUUUACAUUGUGUUGGUUUCUUGUGUUGGACCGUAUUAAAACAAAAACAACAAAAACUA